UGUUGCUGCUCGAGGCUCGUGUUAUCAGGCUGCCUGCCUUACUACGUGUGUAUGUAGCUUUUGUGGAUAUUGGAAAUGGUGAUAAGAGUUACAAAUUAUGGCUAGCUCCACACUAGGCUGGAUGGCUGGGCCCGCUCUCUCUUCACUGAUUCCCAAAAAUUUCUAGACGAUAGACGUUUUUACUUGGACUUGGCGGGAGCUUUUCUUCUGACUGAGUCUUUAUAUAAAUCCCGUCGCUGGGGAAUUUCGAAACUUAGUGUACUACUGCAUUCUGACUUCGCCGGCUGGGGGAACUCACGCGUUUCUUCGAUAGAAUCUUUAUUUAGAAUUAUUGUCUAAGUGGACACAGCGUGUAUCUUUUAUCUUUUCGAAGCGGUCUUGGCGGCUAAUAGUUACGCGAAUGUUUGUGCUUUUUGAUCGGUUAUUUUUGCCACCUGUUUUGAAGUGAUACUUGUGGUUGAAGAGUGAUUGUGCUUCACGGAGUAGUGAACUCGCGUGCAGGACACUAACAAGAGUGAAUAAACUCGUGAAGAAUUUCACGCGUGAUGAGUAACAACUUUAAGAAUUUAUUAGUCAAUAAUCAAUCGCGGAUUGUGAAGAGUUACGUGCCUUAUAGAGACUUUGCCAAGGCUCGGAAGAAAGAGUUUAUGAUUUUUGUGUCUCUUUGAGGAUUUUGGUACUUUUCAGUGGAUUAAACCGAAAAUCAUUUAUAGUCUCUCACAAUGGUCAGCGGAAGUGGCGAGACUUUGAGCUUCAAUCCAAAUGAUCCUAUAGUGCGUCAUAUGCUAAAGGUACGAGCCCAGCAUGCCGAACAGCAGCAGAAGGAUUAUUCGCACGUAUUCAGGCCUAAAUCAAUAUUAGACCUCAUACGAUUAUCCUGUAUUAUUCUGGGCGUGGAGUUGACUUAUGCUGCUGAAACAUCAUUCGUUUCACCAGUUCUUCUGCAAAUGGGUGUUGAGCAUCAACACAUGACAAUGGUAUGGUCCUUGGCACCUGUCCUUGGAUUUUUCUUGGCGCCCUUGCUAGGAUCCAUAAGUGACCGCUGUCGAUGGACGUUGGGAAGGCGACGUCCGAUGAUCAUUGCAUUGUGUGUGGGAAUAUUUAUUGGUCUAUUAUUUAUUCCCUAUGGGAAAGAUAUUGGAAUCUUUCUUGGCGACAGUGAAGAUAUGUUGAUUAUAGCGAAUUCUUCAAACGUUAACGAAACGACAACCAUCCCAUCCCCUGAAGUUACUGGCACUGCGAAUAGUCACAUGUUUGCUAUCGUUUUGGUUGUUAUUGGGACCAUAUUGAUUGAUUUUGAUGUAAAUACCGCACAAACACCAUGUAGGGCGUAUAUCUUAGAUGUAUCAAUCCCAGCUGAUCAUGCAAAAGUUCUAAGUAGUUUCACUGUAAUGGCUGGUCUUGGUGGCACUCUCGGAUAUGCGUUGGGGGGUAUCAAUUGGGAAACCACGUCCAUCGGUUCAUUUUUUGGAGGCAACAUGCAAACAGUAUUUGCAAUUGUUACUGUUUGGUUCUUGAUUUUUUCGUUUAUAACGUUAACAAGUUUCCGCGAGGUUCCACUACCAUUAAUGGAGAAGGACGAAUUGUUGAGACCACUUACUGCGGCAGCUAUAAAGAAGGAAUUGCAGAAGAAAAGUAAUGGAAUCGCAGCAAUAGAGACCAUGGUAUUAGAUCAAGAACCUAACAAGGAUGCCCUGGAGAGUCAAGUUGCAUUAGCUUCAGAAGAUUUUACUAUUGCCGGCUCUAUUCCAAACCUUACGGAAAAGCCAGUUGAGAACGGGAUCAUCGAGGAAGACGAAGAUGAAGAGAAAGUUAUAAGCUUAAGGGAGUAUAUGACCAGUGUGGUGAAAAUGCCAAAGGCAAUGUGGAUUCUUUGCCUCACUAAUGUUCUCUGCUGGAUGGCUGAUUUCUGUUAUUGCUUGUAUUUCACUGACUUCGUGGGAGAAACCGUAUUUCAUGGUUCGCCAACUGCUCCUCCAAAUUCAGAGCAAGCUAUUCUUUAUGAAGAAGGUGUUCGUUUCGGCUGCUGGGGGCUAGCAAUCUAUGCGCUCUCAUGUUCAGUUUACUCCUCGUUUAUUGAGAAACUUAUCAAGUGGCUCAAUACACGAGUCGUUUACACAGGCGGCAUUCUAGUGUUCUCCAUUGGAAUGGCCGUGUUAGCUCUGUGGCCAACGAAGAUUAGUGUAUUAGUAUUCAGCGCAGCAGCUGGAUCCAUCUACGCGACCAUGUUCACGAUGCCAUAUAUUCUGGUGGCUCAGUAUCACUCCCAUGGAUGUUUUAAGGUCAAAGACGGUCAGAAUGUCGAGAUGAAGAAACCACGCGGACUGGGUACUGAUAUUGCUAUAAUAAGCAGCAUGGCGUUUGUGGCUCAACUCAUAAUAUCCUUGGGAAUCGGAUCCGUGAUAUCCUUGCUGCAAUCAACAGCUGCUGUUUUAUACACAGCAACUACCCUCGGUAUAGCCGCUGCGUUAUGCUCGUUAAAAUGUUUGUAUUUAGCGUAACGAGUCACAAUCUGAAACAAAGCCUUAUUUUUAGUCACUAGGAAAAUUCAGAUUUGAUAUUCAUGUACUUAUGUGGAAAAGUAUUAAUUUAGUUGAAUAGUUUAUUUUUGUAGUAAAUAUAUUUAUAAAGAAAAUACUUUACUUCUGCGUCUU